GUCUGCAAAUGAUAAUGUGACCAAAACUAAGGUAGCAAUCAAGAAGAUCUCCCCCUUCGAACAUCAGACGUACUGUCAGAGAACACUUCGGGAGAUCAAAAUUCUAACGAGGUUCAAGCAUGAAAAUGUAAUAGACAUCCGUGAUAUAAUACGAGCCCAGAGCAUAGAUCAAAUGAAGGAUGUUUAUAUUGUUCAGUGUCUUAUGGAGACUGACUUGUACAAGUUACUUAAAUCUCAGAAACUGAGUAAUGACCACAUUUGCUACUUCCUUUAUCAAAUUCUUCGAGGGUUGAAGUACAUCCACUCGGCAAAUGUUCUUCACCGUGACCUGAAGCCUUCUAAUUUGCUGCUAAAUACCACGUGUGACCUGAAGAUCUGUGACUUUGGCUUGGCUCGUGUGGCUGAUCCAGAGCAUGACCACACAGGUUUCCUGACCGAGUAUGUUGCAACUCGUUGGUACCGCGCACCUGAGAUCAUGCUGAACUCAAAGGGCUACACAAAGUCUAUUGACAUCUGGUCGGUAGGAUGUAUCCUAGCAGAAAUGUUAUCCAACCGUCCACUGUUCCCGGGCAAGCAUUACCUGGACCAGCUCAACCACAUCCUGGGUAUCCUUGGUUCUCCAUGCCAAGAAGACCUGGAUUGUAUCAUCAAUGAGAAGGCUAGAAGUUAUCUCCAGUCUCUACCAAACAAGCCAAAGGUGCCAUGGACAAAGCUGUACCCCAAUGCUGACCCCAAAGCCUUGGAUUUGUUGGACAAAAUGCUGACCUUCAAUCCUCACAAGCGCAUCACGGUGGAGGAGGCUCUAGCACACCCCUACUUAGAGCAGUAUUAUGAUCCAGCUGAUGAGCCUGUAGCUGAAGAGCCAUUUAAAUUUGAGAUGGAACUUGAUGACCUGCCAAAGGAAAAGCUCAAGGAAUUAAUUUUUGAAGAAACUGUACUCUUUAAGCAGAGGCUUGCAACAGAACAGGCUAUGCAGCAGAACUGAAUACAAAGACAUGACUUAGCAUUAUUACAAGAGACGAAGGGUACGUUCUAGAGGAGACCUACUGAUUGGUGGCAUUCAUCUUUGGAAUACUACAAGGAAUCGUUCAAUAAUCCCAAAAGGGAGAUCACCUGUCUACAGAAUAAGUGUAUGUGAUAAAGUGCUUUAUCUUAAAAAUCAGUUGGAAAAAAUGUAUAGGAAUAAGACUUAAAACACAGGAGUAUGUGAAGGAUAUUAACAUUUUCUAGCACCAAAAAAAUAUAAAUAAAUAAUUAAAUGAAUAAAAUUAAAAAGUAGAAGAAAGAAAUAUGUCUUGGAUGAAGUGCCUCUUCUAAGUGAGUUAUCAGGCAAAAUGUGCAAAACUGAUAAAGUGUCUCGUCUAGGAAGUGUGCCUGCAGAGAGCCCUCUUUCUAUCCUUUGUGACGGGAAAUGCUCUUUGAUGAUUGAAUGAUUGCUGGGAACUUACCAGUUGAUGGCUGAAAAAAUGUGUGGUCUUGAGGAAGGGUGCUUCCAUGAUGCUAGUGAUGCAUUUCAGUCUUGUGGCACCUCACUCUCAACCUUCGUUUCAUUUGGACAAUACUGGCUUUCUGGCUAGAGAUUCAUUGCUCUUAGGAAGCAGGUGACUGAUUGUUCGCAAGCAAAUGUACACGUUUGGUUGCUCUUCAGUUAUACCAGCUCGGCAUGUUUCUGUAUUGCUAAAAAUUUCAAACUCCUGGUGGCUGGUGGUUUACUGUUCAAAGGAAAAAAAAAAAAAAAAAAAAAAAAAAAGAGAGAGAGAGAGA